AAACAUGGCUUUCAUGACACAAGAUCAGUUCACUGCUUUGCAACUGCUGUUAAAGGCUCCGUCUAAAGAUGCUGUUCGGCAGAUCUGCACAGAGAGUUUCCCAGCCGGAGCCUUCAAGAGUCAGUCUGUAGUGGAGAAAACUGCCAAUGCUCUCUCUGUCUCUCACAAUGAAGCGGUCCAGCUGCUGACUGUAUUUCACACACUUUCACAUCACAUUGUGUAUCAUAACUUAACAUCUCCGGAGCAGAUCCUGUCAAUUUUCCCAGAAUCGUUCCACUCAAACCUAAAGAACCUGAUCACCAAAAUUCUCUUGGAGAACAGUGUGAAAUGGAGAAAUGAAGCUUUGGCAAAUCAAAUUUCGCUGCCAAAGCUGGUGGAUAUGGAGUGGCGAGUGGACAUGAAAACUGCAUCAGACUCCCUGAGUCGUAUGGCUGUGCCAACCUGUCUGUUACAAAUGAAACUCCAGGAUACUCCGUGCAUUAGUGGUGGUCCCAGUGAGUCUACAGUAACAAUGGAGCUGAGCAAAGAAACGCUGGACACUAUGAUAGAUGGUUUGGGUCGCAUCAGGGAUCAGCUCUCUGCAGUGGCAAGGAAGUAGAGCAGAUGAGAGAUGCUGCACCUUCGCCUGUCUGUGGACAUUCAGAUGGAGAAUGGAAGAAUCCCCCAAAUGUAAAAAGAAAAGACAUUAAAUAUAAACUUGGCAGAUUCAUUUCGUGAAAAAGUGUGCUCUUGUUUUCUGUUUUUUAUUUCAUGUUUAUAACCUAUUUGACAGUUGUUUCUUAUUAACGUUUCCAUUCCAGAAAAUCAGUUUUAUUGUGAUAAAUUUUCACAGCAACAAACUCAACAAAUGUCUAAUAAAUUAAAUUUUUUCAC